CUAAAUCAAAAAAUAUGAAUAAUCUGCAGGAACAAGAUGAUGACAGCAGUCAUGAUGAUUUACGUAAUAAUAAUUGGAAGUCAAAAUCAGUUUUUAAUAAUGUUAGUAGCAGUGAUGAUGACAUUGUUGUUGGAACUCCAUCAAAGGAUAACAAAUUUGUAAAGAAACUGCAUUCUACCAAAGACAAUUGGAAAACUCAUACUGUUCAUACACCAGAACGAUAUCAUAACACAACAGCAGUUACACAUUCUCCAGCUACUGAUAAAUGGACUGUAAGCAAAACACGUGAGACAACGUACAAUGAAGGACCACCAGUUAAAAGAGCACUAUUUAAAGAUGUUAAGGAUCCAUACAACAAACCAGGGUUAUCAGCUGAUACAUCUGAAAUAUUGACUUCAAGUGAACAAAAUAAGAACGUGCAGUAUAAGACUACUGAUGCUUUUCAGACUUUUGUUGUUAACACACUUAUCAAUUUAAAAUAUGAAAUCAAUAACAUUUCAAAUGUUGUUCAAGCCAACCAUUUAAACAUUGAUUGUCUCCUUGCAAAUGCUAACAAAAAUCCAUCCAUUGACAUUUCAAACAUUGAAUGCAACAUGUUUCCCAUUGAAAAAGAUGAAGAUUUCUACAAUUUUGAAAAGAAAAUCAAAAUUGAUAAUGGUUUCAGAGAAUCCUUGAUUAUGAAAUUGUCAGUUUUAACUGACAGCAAUGAUUUGGGAAAUAGUGUACGCAGGGUAAUUGGUCGCAUGUUUAAAGACAAUGUAUUGGUGAAUUACUCGCUGUUUGGGUUUAAGAAAAAACAGUGUUUCUCUUCUUUAUUGAGCUACCGUCUGAUAAUAGAUGCAAUUAGAACCAACAUUAGGUACAAAAAUAUUCCAGAAAAGGAUAUUGACAACUGCCUUGGCAUAUGGCUCUCACAUGCGCCAUUUCGCCUAAAAAAAAAAAAUUCAAAACAACCUGAUAACCUGUGA